UGCAGUCAGUGAACAACUUCAAUUUCGAAGUUGUCAACAAAAUAUUUGCAGAGUUGUGUUUAUAUAGCUCGGUGGAAUCGUGAUGCGACUAUGUGUGCACUAUAUUUCACCUGAAGCGAUUUCGUAUUUGUUGGUAAUAUCGUGAAAGUAUAUUUGUUGGUUGAGUUUAAUAAUGAAAGAUGGAAUUCGAAACGCCGAACAAGCAAACGUUGGUCCGUUUAGUUCGAAAGUGUCUAAGCGAAAAUUCGGAAGGUUUUAUCGAAAGGGAUCAAUUUGUUGAUUUUUGUUCAGAGCUUAGCGUUAGUACAGACGAAUUGGACAGCGUAUUUAACGAACUGGAUAGCGACAAAGAUGGUAGAAUCAGUGUCAGCGAUUUUACUACGGGCUACGAAAAUGUUGCAACGUGUAAAUCGCAUCGUUCGGACGAGACAGUAAAUGGCGUAAUCGGUUCAUUCGAUAAAUCUUUGUAUGAAUGUCAAGUAAGCAGUCUUGAAAGUCCUAUGCAGGUUAUAAGCACUAGCGGUCAACAGUAUAUCUCCGAACUCUACUACAAUCUGACGAACUCCAACCAGCCAGAUCUUCUAGAUCUGUUCGAGAAACACUUGGCAAGCGUUGUUAAGGAAAUCAAGGCCAAGGCCGGAGAGAACCAGAGAUUGGAAGACGCAUUGAAAAGGGCAACCAAGCAACAUGCAAGACAAGUUAGUAAUUUGGAUAGGGAGGUCGAGCAGCAGAUGGAAAAACUGGAGACAAAAAUUCGUCAAGAGGAGAAAUCUUCGUACGAAAAGAAGCUGUCUGACUUCGAAUGGCAGUUGGAAGGGAAGGAGAAAGAAAUCUCAGCGAUGAACAAAACGAUUGAAACGCUUCAAACGCGACUUGACAAAGAGACGAGCAAACCAAACACUCGUCGAGAAGAGUUUGAAAAUGUCGCACAAGAAAAUAGAUACUUGAAAAGUCAAGUUACGGACUCUCAAACGACACUAGCGUUGCUUAGGAGCGAACUUGCCGAACUUAAAAGUCAGUUUGUUGAGCAAUCUGACCAAUUACAAAAGGAACAGAACAGAGCCGAGGGCUGCGUUCAGGAAUAUGAUAAUUUAACGAGACAGUUACAGCUGUUGCACGAGGCGAACCAACGCCUGCAAGAUGUGAAUGACGAACUUAGAGGCGCUCUUGAGACGAAGAAAAACUCAGCUCCUGAGAGGAAAAUCAGCUCGGAAGUUCUGAGGAUGUCUGGUGUUUUUCCUGAUCCUAUCGUAAAUCAUGGGUUAUCGUCCAGUUUGCGAUCCAACACUUUCCCGCGUUCUAAAUCUGCCACGCCACCGUUGGGAUCCAGGCACGCCGAGUACCACGGUGCUGAUUUUAACGACAAUACCUUUAACGAGGAUUCGUUAUUCUCUGAGAUUCACCGAGCGAGCACGCCAUACAAGUCAGACUCUAUAGACGAAGAUGACGAUGAAGCAUAUGGCACGAUGUCAAAAUCAAAGAAAGCUCAAGUUCAGAGACAGAUUCAGAUUCUCGAGGACACGAAUAAGCGACUAGGUUCAAGUAAUGAUGAACUAAGAGUUGCUCUGAAGAUGAUGGCAAGAAGUGGGAGCUUUCGCAAGCCGAAAAAGACGUCAUCUGGAAGUCGCCGUCCCCACAGUUUCCAUAGCGACUACAGUUCUCUCUCAAGUAACAGAAGUAGUCGAAGUCUUUCACCAAAACAAAAGCGUUUGUCCAACGGAGAUAUUGGUGAGGCCACAGAUGAAUCAACGACUUAUGACGUUGAAGAAGAAGAGAAUGUCGGAACAGACAGCACGGCAACAAUGAAUUCAGAGACAAUCGCUGAACUUGAAACUCAGUUUAAGAAAAUAACAGAAAGCAAAGAUGAGGAGAAAGACACUAAGAGUGACCUUGAUGACGACGACGAUGAAGAUGGAAUGGAUUCUACUGAAUUGGCAGAAUUGGUUGCCAUGGCAUCGGACUUGACUGACGUCACAGACUCGGAAUCCGAGACGGGAAGAUCAUCAAGUGGCAAUAGAACAGGGGAGAUAUCGACCAUGACUGAAAUGAACGGUUCCCCGAGCUACGCCACCCCAGAGAGAAUGUACAAGCUGGUCUUGGCCGGAGAUGCUGCGGUCGGAAAGUCAAGUUUCAUUCUUCGUCUUUGUAAAAACAAAUUCCAUUCCAGUCUCAAUGCGACACUUGGCGUUGAUUUUCAAGUGAAGAAUCUCAAAGUGGAUUCAAAAACUGUCGCACUUCAACUGUGGGAUACCGCCGGUCAGGAAAGAUUUCGUAGUAUCGCAAAGUCAUACUUCCGUAAAGUGGACGGUGUACUACUCUUGUACGACGUUACGUGUGAGGCAUCAUUUGUUAACAUCAGAGAUUGGAUGUCCACGAUAGAGGAAAGCUCUCAAAAGAAAGUCCCCAUCAUGCUAUGCGGAAACAAAUGCGACCUUCGUGACGAAUUUCUCAUGGAAGGAAAAAAGGUCAUCUCGACGGAAAGUGGCCAGCGGCUUGCGAAGCAUUAUGACGCGUUGUUCAUCGAGACAAGUGCAAAGGAUGGAAGCCGUAUUGAGGAAGCUUGUAAGGAACUCGCGAGUUUCUUGUCUAACAGAGUUCUCACCUCAUUGGAGAAUGAAGAGAUCGAACAAAGUGGUUUGAGACUUGAGAAACCGGAGAAGGAGAAGAAGAAGCGUCCAUGUUGUCCCUCUUAACGAUCCAUGCGAUGAAGCUCGUAUCCGGAUUAUGCUGGUCGACGAUUGAACGAACCACAGCCGGCCAGGCUUUUCACGUCACAGUUGACGCUUAGAAUAAUUCAGACAAGAUUUGUAGCAAUGCACAAAUGGAAAACAUUUUGCGUACAUCCGUUGGACAUGCGUCUACCGUUGAACCAUAAUCGGUCUGGUAUAAUGAUCCCGAAUAUUUGACUCUUAGAGACACUUCAACCUUGAAACAUUCAAGGAAACAUGUUUGAACUUGAAACCUUGGUUCAAACUACUAAUUGUGAAUACUAACGCAACAUUCAUCGUAUAACCAAUCCAACAAUGUAAAUGACUCAUUCGUAGAAAGGAGAGUAUAUUUAAUUUAGUAAUUUUAUUGG